CUUCAGUGCUCCAUACUGCCAAUUGGCAAACUGUCAGACACUCGUUUCCUUGUUAGUGCUGCAUGAUGGGGGAGAGCCCAAAGUCAGCACAAUUCCAGAUGAUCUGGUCAAGAUUGGAGGCACGGAAGUGGCUCAGCCAUGGAUUCGUCUCCGAGCUUACUGGUGUGGAGAAGCAACCGCAAGAGGGGCAGAACGGGACCGUCAAGUACAAGGUGUUUGGCAGUAGAUGGAACAUCGGCGGCAUUGCGCCGCCGGAUGAUCUGGACCUGAAGGAAUUGUUGGACACAGCGACGGAUUACUACGACAUCUAUGUUCUCGGGUUCCAAGAGAUCGUGCCGCUAAACGCGAGGAACGUGCUUGGCCCCAAGCAGAGAUCGGCAGCCACGAGGUGGGACGCGCUCAUCGGUGACGCGCUGAACAACAGAAGAAGAAGACACGACACCAUGGCACCACAGCGGCAAUGGCGCCAAGACGACGAGGAGUUCAGGUGCGUCAUGAGCGAGCAGAUGGUCGGCAUCCUCGUCUCGGUCUGGGCGAGGAGCGGCCUCCGCCGCCACGUCCGCCACACCGGCGCCUCCCGCAUCGGCGCCGGCGUCCUCGGCCGGCUCGGCAACAAGGGCGCCGUGUCGGUCCGGUUCUUGCUGCACGGCACGAGCUUCUGCUUCGUCUGCUGCCACCUGGCCUCCGGCGGCGAGGACGGCGACGCGCUACGCCGGAACGCCGACGCGGCGGGCAUCGUCUCCAGGACGAGCUUCUCCGGCCGCCGCGACGGGUUGACACAGGAGGAGCUGCAGCUGCCCAGGAAGAUCUUUGACCACGACCGCAUGGUGCUGCUCGGCGACCUCAACUACCGGGUCGCCAUAGACGGCGCCGAGGCGCUGCAGCUGGUGAGGGCGAGGAAGUGGGGCAUGCUGCUGGGGAACGACGAGCUGCUGCUGGAGCUCUCCAGGGGCCGGCGGUUCGACGGCUGGCGCGAGGGCCUUGUCACCUUCGCCCCGACCUACAAGUACAAACCCAACUCCGAAUGGUUCUACUGGCGCACCGACGACGACAGCGCCAUCGCCGGCCAUCAGAAGCAGCACCGCGCGCCGGCAUGGUGCCACCGUAUCCUUUGGCGCGGGAAGGGGAUGCGGCAGACCCGGUACGAGAGCUGCCGCGGCUACCGGCUCUCCGACCACCGGCCGGUGAGGGCGGUGUUCCACGCCGUGUGCGAGGUUGCGGAAGGUGUAGAUAGUAAGAUGGUUAAGCACGCAGAUAUUCUGUGCUCUGAAAUGGUCAGCUAACACACGAGGCAACGAGACAUUGUAAAUUU